AUGGCUGACGUCGAAGGGAGCUGCCACUGCGGCGCCAUCAAGGUCCGCGUCCUCGGGGGAUUCGGAGAGAACGCAAAGGCAGGCAUCUGCCACUGCGAGGAGUGCCAGAUGCUGUCCGGCAGCCUCUUCUCUUACCUCGGAUUCGUCGAGCGCGAGAACCUCAAGGUCCUCACGGGCGAGCCCAAGGGGUACAAACAGCCCACCGGCGCGGCGCAGUCCGGGAAGGACGUGAUCAGGUACUUCUGCGGCGACUGCGGGACGCCGCUGUGGGCGGCGGCUGAGUCGGCGCCGGAGACGUACUCCAUCAAGCUUGCGAUGUUCGGGAACCAACUCCCGCCUGCGAGGGAGAUCUACUGGAAACGCGCGAAAGAAUGGGAAAAGCCGAUGGUUCCGCCGGACUGUGUGUUCCAGGGAUGGCUUUCGGAGUGA